AAGGUUCUAUUGGAAGCUUCCUUCAAUCAAGCGAAAAAUAGUAAUAAUAAUUGAGUAGGAUCCCUUAUAAAUUCCCUCCUCUUCUAGUCUGUUUUAGUUCAAAAAGCCAAUAGUUCCGCUCUUUUUUCUCAUCCUCAACUUCGCAGCCUUUUUUGCUCUCCCUUAGAGGAGUUGAAGAAGGGAAUCAGCCAUGGGGGUGGGAGGAACUCUAGAGUACAUAUCAGAUUUGUUUGGUGGCGGUGGCGGCCACGGUCACCACCACAAGAAGAAGAAGAAGCAGUUUCAGACUGUGGAGCUCAAGGUGAGGAUGGAUUGUGAUGGGUGUGAGCUCAAGGUCAAGAAAGUUCUCUCCUCCAUGAAAGGGGUGAAAUCAGUGGAGAUAAACAGGAAACAGCAGAAGGUGACGGUAUCAGGGUACGUAGAGCCGAGCAAGGUGCUGAAGAAGGCCAAGUCAACAGGGAAGAAGGCUGAGAUUUGGCCUUAUGUGCCCUACAACUUAGUGAGCCAGCCCUACACAGCUCAAGCUUACGACAAAAAGGCACCCCCUGGUUAUGUGAGAAAUGUCGAGAAUGUAACCACAUCCUCGGUCUCCAGCUACGGAGGAGGAGGCCAAAGGCAAGAAGACCAGAUCACCAACAUGUUCAGUGAUGAAAACCCUAACUCUUGUUCUGUUAUGUGAGAGACAAAAAUACCCAAUUGUUUUUAGCUCUUCUUCAGGGUUGUUUGUGAGAGGUUGUUGCUCCUUUUGUUCAAUUUGUGUUUUGAGAUCAGAAGAGAGAACCAAAAUAGAUGAGUGGCUUCUUUGUAAGUUUGUUAAUUGUUUUAAUCAGAAGAUGCAAUGUGUUGAUCUAA